UCUUUCACUGCCAAUUCAAACCAGCUGUUCUCAGCCACCAAUUAACGCGGUGUAUGUGCUCCGUGAGAUUUCUGUCGAUAGAUGAACUAUGUAAUGCAAAUGACAUCUUGCUACUUUCCGUCAGUCGUUCAUUCUUGCUCCACUUCUGUUCACCACGUUUGUCUUUGUGUAGCUCUUCAGGUGCUGCUGGACCAGUCCACUAAAGCCAACUCUCCACUGAAGGGCCAUGAACGAACAGUGCAGUACCUUCAGAGACUGGGAGUGGAAAAUCUGGGCAUCAUCUUUGAGUUCUCUCCUUGGGUGCUGAAAAUCUGUCCUGAGGAUGGCUUGAAGAUCUUUACUGAGGACCUGACAGAGGUGGAGAUGUUACCCAGAGACAAGGUGCUGAACUUCCUGAAGGAAGGCUUUAAAGAACAAGCCAUCCCGUAUUUGGAGCACAUCAUCUAUGUGUGGGAUGAGAACGGCCCCGACUUUCACAAUGUGCUGAUCCAGCUCUACCUGGAGAGGGUUCAAAGCCUCAUGAAACAGUAUCUCAACUCACUGCCAGAAGGUGUUCCUGCUGUUGCUGCAGGGAAGGAGGAAGGAGAUCUUGGAGAAUUCAGGAACAAGCUGUUGUCCUUCCUGGAUAUUUCUAACAGUUAUGAACCAGCCAGACUCAUUAGUGACUUUCCCUUUGAUGGCCUGCUGGAGGAACGGGCCCUGCUGCUUGGGCGGAUGGGUAAACAUGAACAGGCACUCUUCAUCUAUGUGCACGUCCUGAAAGACACGCGCAUGGCAGAAGAAUACUGUCACCGACAUUACAACAAAUUGCUUGAGGGGAAUAAAGAUGUUUAUCUGUCUCUGUUGCGAAUGUACCUGUCACCUCCUGAUGUCCACUGCCUGGGGCCCAUCAAGAUGGAGCUGACGGAGCCUCAGGCUAACCUCCUGGCAGCGCUGCAGGUUCUGGAGCUGCACCACAGCAAACUCGACACCACCAAGGCCAUCGACUUGCUCCCAGCAAAUACCCAGAUCAGAGAGAUCCGGGUCUUCCUGGAGAGUGUCUUGGAGGAGAAUGCGCAGAAGAAACGUUCCUACCAGGUACUGAAGAGUCUGCUGCAGGCGGAGUUGCUCAGGGUGCAGGAGGAGCGCAUCUUCCACCAGCAGGUAAAAUGUGUCAUUACAGAAGAAAAAACCUGCAGAGUCUGUAAGAAGAAAAUAGCAAACAGUGCUUUUGCCAGGUAUCCAAACGGAGUGGUGGUACAUUACUUCUGCUGCAAAGAUCGCAAUGUGUGUCCCACUGAGCAGUAACUCAUAACAUCUGACCACUAACGUACAACCCUCUAACAUCCACAUGAAGCCAGACUCUGGAACUGGACUGCAUUUUUCUUCUCCUCUUCCUAUGCUUGUAUCUGAAGUACCUUACUGAUGUGCACGACAGCUGCACUUGUUUCACUGUUCCCACUGAGCAGAACAGGACAUCCUUUUGGCGGUAAAGACUGAGACUUUGUGUACGAGGUAUCGAGUGGAACGUCCGCGGCGGCCUGGGACUGUCGAGCACGAGAGAGGCUCUGACAUUUGAAAAGUAUGUCACUGUAACUUUAGAAGAGAUUCACUGCACGUCGCCUCAAAGGAAAGCAGGCACUAAGGGUUUGUUCUCACCAGGAGGUGAUUCUUGGACUCCGUCGGUGGUUGUCUUUUUUUUUUCUUUGCCCCUAUUUUCUCUUGUAUCACUGUGCUUCUGGCGCCAUAUGGAUGCCUUGCAGGAGGACUCUAAAAUGCCUUUUGUGACUCUGAAGAUUGUACUCCCAGUGAAGUCACAUGUCCACCAUGAUGUUCAGAUUUAUUAGCAUGUGCUGGUACAGAUGAAGCCUAAAAAAAAGUAAUAACAAUGAAACUUUGUGCAUUUGUACUUUUUCUGUUAAUUUAAAUAUCUGAAGCAACUCAGUCUUACCACAAUUACUCAGCUGUUAUUUUAACUGUCUUUACUGUUAUACUAAGGGAGUCUGACCCCACCCACACACACCUUUUUUUAAAAAAAAGUAUGUAUUAUUUCCUGCCAGUCGUAAUAUUAAAACCUUUUACAGUAAUUCUGUGGCAGAAAUCUCGAAAGUGCAGCACUUUACAAGUAGAUGGAUGGAUUGAGUUUAUUUAUGAAAUCACUGGAAAUACUGUGAUUGAUUGGUGACGUGCGAUUGAUUGGUGUGUUUUAGGAGCAGUAUUGUUCCAGUGUAUCUGUUUACUGAAUGCUGGGUAGUAAUUUAAGAAACAGGAGUGUAUUCAAAGUUAAUGUUUUACUUCUUGGCUCAAAGCUCUUAUUUGGCCUUAGGUGGAAUGAAUCGGUGUCUUGCUCGUGGGCACGUGGGGCAGUUGAGUCACACCAUGUUGAUCAGUGAAUGCUUUAUUUCCUGAAUAGUUUGGUUUUUGAGCACAUUAUAUUCCAGAACUGUUUGUUGUUUUUUUUUUAAUUGUUUCCUGCUCGUUUAAAGGAGCUAAUCUUCACACACUCUGCUAAAUCCGUCUUCACCUGCAGUCUGCAGCUACGGAAGCUUCACAAACGUUUUGUGUGUGCUUUAAUACUUCCAUCACCACAUCUAAAGUGUGAGAGUUUUGAUCUUCUUUGCAGUUUGAUUGUGACCUGGUGAGUGUCUGGAUUUAAUCAGAAUAAAGAUGACUUUCCACUUAG